CUGGGAACGAGAGAGAGAGAGAGAGAGAGAGAGAGGCUGCUUGUAGCGCAGUCAGCACUUAAGUCGCGCGCUACCUCGUUUCACGGGCAGGACAGCAAGUGUGAAAGUGUGUCAUGCCCCUCUGAGCUCGAGAAAAUGCAGAACAAUUCAGUGAAGAGCAGAGACACCGGACAGCGCGUGUCCCGGGAUGGCACAGGACACCGGGACUCUGUACGGGACGGUGACGCGGGGCACGUGCUCGCGAAGCCCGCAGACACGGAGCGCGAGACUCUGAUGAUGGAGCUCACGCGACUGGUGCAGAAGAGUGUGCGCGAGAGCAGCUGGUGGGAGAGGAGAGGACUGGACUGCACCGUCCUGACCACAGCUUUCCUCUCUUUACCUGCAGGAUUUCUAUUGUUGGGUUCUUCUGAGCCGCUGUAUUUCCUGUUGGGUCUGAUGAUUAUGGGCGUGGCUCACGCCAUCAUUACCGUUAAAGGGACACACCUGGCCAGUCACGGUGCACUCAGCGAAUCUCCAGCUUGGACCGAAUUCUGGGCUGUUUUCUUCAUUGAAGUGUGCGGGUCGUUUUCUGCUCGAGCGGGUGUUCAGGCUCACGUGAAGAUGCAUCACGCUCACACAAAUGUCAUCGGUCUGGGAGACUCCAGCACCUGGAAAAUCCCUUUCCUGCCUCGAUCCGUGUACCUGUUUAUCGCCCCGCUAGCAGUGCCCAUCAUCACUCCUGUUGUUGGCAUGGGUCAACUGAGGGGUCAGUCUCCGUUUCAGAUGGCACGCGCAGUGUUUUGUAUUUGUUUAGGGUUUUUCUCUCAGUAUUAUCUGCUCAGAUGUGUGUCCGGUCUGUCCUGCGGCUCGGCGCUGGCCGUCAUGCUUCUGUGUCGAGCCAUGUUCUCUCUUCCCUACAUACAUGUCAACAUCUUUCAGCACAUCGGUCUGCCCAUGUUUUCAUCAGCGUGUCGACCCAAAAGGAUCCAUCAGAUGACCCACGGCGUGCUGAACCUUCCCAGAAACCCACUGCUGGACUGGACCUUCGGCCACUCCCUCAUUAACUGCCAUGUGGAGCAUCACCUGUUUCCAUACCUGUCUGACAACAUGUGCCUUAAGGUGAAGCCCAUAGUGUCUCAGUAUUUAAAGGAGAAGAAGUUGCCGUAUCAGGAGGACGGUUAUUUCUCCCGUCUGUCUAUGUUCUUUCAUGAGUAUCAGGAGCUGAUGGUGUUCGCUCCUCCCAUCACUGAGCUGGUGGGAGUUCAAUGAUGAGUCCAGAAUAAAUGAGAAUGUGGACAUUUUUAGUAUUGUGCUUUUCCAAAUGUUAUUCACACAUGCACAUAAGUUCAACAUUAGAAUGAAAGUCAACAUGAAAUGAUGUUCACGGCCUGCUGAUUUCUGAGCGAAACAAGAUAUUAAAGAAGAAAAGAAUGCACUGUUGGGAGGGAUUUACAAAACAUUCUUAAGAAGAAAAGUCUUCUAAACUGCCAUUUAUUUUCUUAAAUUUAAAUUGAAGAAAAAAUGUAGGAAUGUCUCGAAUUCCUGAAAAACUUCUUAUGACAGUUCUUACAGUUUUUCUCAAGAUUGAUUUACGAAGCAUAUGCCAUUUUAUUCUUAUGAAAAAUAUGAAGAUGAGAAAAUAUUUGAGAACUUCUUAAGAAGGAACAUUCUUACGAACUUCCUAUAAUUUAUCUUAAGAACAAUCUAAUGUUUUGUCUUAAGAACAGUUUGGUGAAUUCGGCCCCGGGAGCUGAUUGAACUGUGAAGUGAUGUUGAGCUAGUUUUGAUGUAAGACCAGAUAGACGGAUAACAUGCGCCAGUGAAUCACGAGCCUAAACGUGGAUUAAAUCAAAUUCAAUUUCACAUGACUUUAGUAGAACUCAUGAGCUCAGUGUCGACUUUAACAAGCGGUCUCACUUUAAGAUGUGAUGGAUGAAGGUUAGGUGAGGAUGAAUCACAGAAGUGUUGUGUGAUGUCACAUUUAUAUGCAGUGACAUCAUUGGCUGUAAUAAUCCUUGUGUGUGUGCUGACAUCAGAUCAGUCACAGUACUGUACACUACAAUAAAGGUGCUUAAAAGGUUCUUCUCAGUGAUGCCAUAGAAGAACCAUUUUUGGUCCCACAAAGAACCAUUCAGUCCAAGGUUUUUUAAAGAACCGUCUCUUUCUUACUUUUUUAUAAUCUAAAGAACCUUUUUCGCUACAAAGAACCUUUUUUGUUAAACAUAAAAGUUCAUUGGAUGUUCAAGGUUCUUUAUGGAACCAUUUAGACAAAAAGGUUCUUCUAUGGCAUCGUGAAGCACCUUUACAUUUAAGGGUGUAGCUCUAACUGAACAUGACCUCUGACCCCUGAUCUGCUCUCAGCUUCAGUCUGAACACCAGAAUACUAGAACCAACAAUUUUACCUAUAGAACACACAUACCAUAGGUUAAUCUAUACAGAAGACAAAUACACAAAGAGGCUUUUGUGUUGACCCAGAGCUGUUAGUGAUGUUUGCUUAGGCAAGCCUCGCUGUUGUUCAGAUUUGUGGUCAAAGGUUUGUUCAAAUUCUUAACCCAUACUCAUCCCAUAAUGUUUUAAAAAUCAACAUGAAUGUUUUAUGUUUAACAUGAUGUACUGUUUGAUAUAAACCCUUUGGCUCAUUUGAAAUUAACCACACAGAAUAUCUCAGCAUGAACGAACACCUGGCAACCCCACAACAACAUGCAAAAAAGUCUUAUAAUACCCUAGUAACUAGUUUCUUGGCAACAUGCUAAAAAACUCAGAAUAUCUUACACAUACAUGUAGUAACGCAAUGUUAAAAGGGCAGAUUUCAAGCACAUUCAAAAAAUAUAUUUUUUUAGAAUCGAGGCUUAAGGCUACCAGACUAAAAUUAAUGUGUGAGCUGUCUUAACUGAAUAUAUCUUGCCCAGAAAUAUCUUAAAAUAUAUCCAUGCCCUUGUUUUGUCUCAAGAUGCUCACCAGUAAUGUAUUUUUCUAAGGCAUUUUUAUAAAAGCGACAUAAACAUCUUAAUUCAACUAAGGCUUAGUCCUGGUUUAAGCUAAACCGCGUCUGUGAAACCGGGCCUUUAUUUUACAAUCUAAUCCAGUGCAUUCAAAAUAAUGUUAAUAAAGCAAGCAGCUGUACAGAGCUGAUUCAAUGUACCCAUUAUUUACUGUUAUAAAUGUAAAUAUACAUUACAGAUGUGUUUGUUAUUAUUCAUAUUUUUGGAAGGUGAGUGUGUGUUUAGUGUUUAAUGUGUCUGCACUGAUGAGGUUGUGAGUUUGUGUCUGUAUGGUCUGUAAUCACUCAUUUAAAAAAACAAAUGAAUGUAAUUGCGAUGGCCAAUGCAUACGGAUGUGUUUGUGUGGGAGAGAGAGAGAGAGAGAGAGAGAGAGAGAGAGAACGGAUGUUGCUUUCUUUGUCCAAAAACAUGUAGGCUAUGAAGAUGGGCUAUAAUAAAAUAAACCAAAAUUAACAGUGGACAGAUUUCAAAUGGUGUUUUGGCUUUUUUUAGUAUUUCUUUUUAGCAUCAGUUCACAUUACAUGCUAAAUAUGUGCGAAAAUAAAAUCUUCUCUGUGUUUCACGU